AGAGCCUCCCAGCUCCGGAGCGUGCCGCGGCCGAGACGGUUCCGCACGGGGAGCUCAGGGCGCCGGUGAGCGCUCCAGAAUAUGGGUUUUGCCAUAAGAAGAUGGUUCUACGUACCCCUGGGCUGCAUGAUGCUGAUCAAUCUAGUUAAUGCUGAUUUUGAAUUUCAAAAGGGAGUGCUUGCCAGCGUCAACCCAGGGAUCAUUGAAGACAUCAAUCUCCAGUGCUGGAACGCUUGCUCAUUGACAUUGAUAGCACUCAAAGAACUCAAGAUAGAGCACAAUGUGGAUGCUUUCUGGAAUUUCAUGUUCUUGCAAAAAUCCCAGCAGCGUGGACAUUAUAAUGUCUUCUUAAACAUAGCUCAAGAUUUCUGGAACAUGUAUGUAGACUGCCUGCUUUCAAGAUCUCAUGGAAUGGGUAGAAGACAGGUGAUGCCUCCCAAGUAUAAUUUCCCACAGAAAAUAACAGGUAAUUUAAAUGUGUAUUUAAGAGAAUAG